AUGACAAACUCAAUAUAUGAUAAAUCUAAUAGCUCCAAAAGUGCUUUUUCUAUCAAUUCAGAAGUUAAUAAACUGUCCAAGGAUACCACUCUUGUUACGGAGAGAAGUGCUAAAGAUAUAAUUACAAAAAAUGUGCCACCUGUUGAAGAAAAGCCAUUAAAUGAAGUACUUUAUAAUGUUAGUUAUAAUGAUUCAUGUAAAUAUAACUUUCCAAAUAAUAAUAUAGCAGAAUCAUUUAUGGAUGCACGAGAUACAAAUAAUUAUGAAAACAUUAUAUUAAAAAAAGGAUUAUCUGAAAAGGAAUAUUUAUAUAGCAACCCAAAUAAUAAUAAUAAUAAUAAUAAUAUGGAUAAUAUAAAUAAUAUUAUGCCUCAUCAUAAUAAUAAUUAUUUUAAUAUGUACACAUUGGAUAAUAAAAUGUUCAUGAAAAAAAGUCAAAACAAUAUGAGUGAUCCCAAUAAUAAUAUUACAUAUAAUAUGAUUAAUAAGGAAGGUAUAUGGAAUAUGAAAGAAUAUCCUUCUAAUUUAGAAAACUAUGAUUAUGUAGAUAUUCCAAAUUUUCCAUACCAAAAGAAUAAACAAUUAUAUAGUGCAAAUAAUAUUGUAUCUCCUUUAUGUGGAGGAAAUUAUAAUAUACAACAAAAAGGUGAUUCAACAAAUGGAUAUUUAAAAUAUGAUGCUCCUUUAGGUAGAAUAAAAUCAUAUAACAAUUUGGAUUCAUUUCAAUUACAAUCUUUAUCUAGUCCAUCUUACCAUAAUAAUAAUAUACCGUUUGAUGCAUUUCAAAAUAAGACACUCAAUAUGCCAUAUAUAUUAAAUGAUCAAAAUAAAGAAUAUUUAUAUCCAUAUAUAAAUAAAGGAAUGAAUGAAAUAAGUAAUGAUUAUAAUAAGAUGAGUACGAAUAAAUUUAUAUCACCAAAUUAUGAGUACCUCCUUAUGUUAAAUCCGAGAUCUUCAUAUGAUAUACUUAAUUAUAUAAAUGAAAAUAAAUUAGAAAUAUUUAAAAAAGUUACAUUAUCCAUAGGAACAUAUUUAGAUGAUAUGAUAAAUAUAAUGAUUGCUAUGUUAGAAACAUCAUAUAAAUCUAUCCAAAAUAAUAGAAAUAAAAAUAAAGUAAACUUGUAUGAUCUAUAUCCUUUUUAUAAUCCUGACCAAAACUAUGCAAGAAAAGAAAGACCUACAUUAAAAACGGGUAGUACAUUUCUUGAUAAAAUUAAUUCUACAUUAGAUGCUACAACAUUAGAAAAACAUAAAAAUGUGCCUAAAUAUUUAGGAAGGAUUCCAAUACCUAAAACUCAGAAAACGGGAAGUAUAGUUAUGGAUGGAAUAAAUAAUAUGUUAGAUGGAUUACUGGAUGAACCUAUAUCUUAUCACAAGUAUGAUUAUUUUAGUGAUAAAAUCAAAGAGCCACGCGAAAUAAAACAAGCAAUAUGA